AUGGUGAUAGCUACAGUAUCUCCUGCCAGCACCCGUAGCUACCAUGGCACAGAUUCAACCUAUGUGUUACCAAACGAUGCCACUGAGCAGGACCGCCUGGACGCCCAAGCUACUGCUAUUGUUGCAAUGAUUGGCGGAGUCCCUGUGCUUGCUCCCAUCGGGACGAUGCAGGAGACCACAGCAAAGGCCGUCGAUGUUGGGUGCGGUACUGGAGUGGCAACAAUGCAGAUCGCGAGUUAUUUGCCCUCCGCGACGGUCUAUGGGUUGGACAUUUCGGAAGUCGCACAAUCCAGCCAGAUCAUGGCCCCACCUAACGUGACUUGGGUGGUUGGCAAUAUUUUACAUGUUGACCAUGACAAGAAGGUCGGGGACGAUCUUGUCACUUGCAAAAUCUUCGCCCGGAGCAGUUUGGACUACAUAUUCGGUCGCAUGCUGUUCUUGGGCAUCAACGACUGGCCUCGCUAUUUCUCAGUGGCAACUCGCGCCCUCGCUCCUGGUGGCUAUAUUGAGCACCAAGACUUGGAUUGGAACUUUUAUCGUGUAGGCACCAAUGAUUGUUUGAGUGACAAUUGGGAGUGGCACAGACGAGUGGUCUCUGCUAUUGAGAAAUUAGGCAUGUCUGCCCGAGCAGGGUCGGACGCGAGAGGCGCCAUGGAGGAAGCAGGGCUGGAGGUGAAAGCCGUCAAGACAUUCGAGUUCUCGUUUGUCCCAUCAUCUAAAUCGCCGCAAAGCCAGCCGAUGGGAAGAUAUGUCCAAGAAAAACUGGUACCUCAGUAUCCUGAACUACUCAGAAAACUCCUCGAGACUGAAACUACGCCAAAUGAACUGUCCAGGCUCACAAAGGAAUGUCUGCGGGAUAUUAGCUGUGAGGAAGGGAUUCAUCAGAAAUAUACUGUCACCCUUGCUAGAAAGAAGAUGUAA